AUGGCACUUGAAGUCAGAGCAACACAACAACAGAAUGCAGCACCUACACGAUGUUUUAUUUCGUUAGAAUUUAUGCAAAGGAACCAAAUUGCUACUGGCGAUCUCAUUAGAAUCACACAAAAUGAAAAGACGAUUAUAGGCAUCGCUUGGCCUUCGCUUACGGUGCCAGUAGAAGGAAUUGAAUUGAGCACAGUAAUGAGAUUAAGUAGUGCACUGGAAUUAGGAGCAUUGGUCAGUGUGGAAAAGACAGCAUCAUCUCACUCGACAGAAGCGAGCCAUAUCCAAAUCAACUUUAUGUCUACCCCCACAUUUGCAGUUAAUUCGAGUUUUCAGACAUAUUUGAAGCAAUUCUUGGUGGAGCAGAAAUAUGCGAUGCAAUCUCAAAUCAUCGAUUUUGACUACCUUGGAAGUACGUCAAGAGUCCAGAUUACAGAUAUCGCAUCUAACACUCCAAGUGACAUCUAUACAAUCACUGAAAAGACAAAAAUCAGUUAUGAAAAUGCAGCACAGUCCACCAAACAACCAAAACCAGAACAACCAAAUCAGACAUUGAGCUAUGAUCAAAUUGGAGGAUUAUCAAAGCAGAUCGAGAUUGUUCGAGAAAUGAUUGAAACGCCCUUAAACAACCCUGGAUUAUUUCUGAAAUACGGUUUAAAACCGCCUCGAGGCGUGUUGUUGUUUGGUCCUCCAGGCACAGGCAAAACAUUGAUCGCCCGUGCUGUAGCGCAAGAAACUGGGGCACACGCUAUUAUUGUCAAUGGCCCUGAAGUGGUGAGUAAAUUCUACGGCGAGACCGAGCAAAAGCUACGAGGCCUAUUUGAGCAAGCUGUGCAAAACGCGCCUGCUGUCAUCUUUAUUGACGAAAUUGACGCACUCUGCCCCAAACGAGACGAAGCACCCAGUGAAUUAGAGAAGCGAGUGGUGACAACCUUGCUGACCUUGAUGGAUGGAGCUAACACUGAGCACCAACGCGUUGUUGUUAUUGGCGCUACAAAUCGGCCCAACUCUUUGGACGAGGCAUUGCGUAGGCCAGGCAGAUUUGAUAGAGAGGUAGAGAUUGGCAUUCCAACAACAGAGGCACGACAAUCCAUUAUACAAACCAUCAUGAAAAAAAUACCCCACACACUCGAGCCAUCCCAGUUAGACAUGCUGGCCAGUAAAUCGCAUGGUUAUGUAGGCGCUGAUUUGGCAGCUGUAUGCAGAGAGGCUGGACUGAAAUGCAUCAAACGAUGUGCAACGGCACCCAAUGUAGAUUUGCGAGUGAAUAUGCAAGACAUGACAGAGGCCAUGUCAGAGAUCAGACCCAGUGCUAUGCGAGAGAUUUUACUGGAGGUGCCUAAAGUUUAUUGGUCUGAUGUAGGCGGUCAAGCAGAUAUCAAGCAGAGAUUGAAGGAGUCCGUAGAGUGGCCAUUACAACAUCCAGAGGCGUUUACUCGAUUAGGCAUUCGACCACCCAAAGGCAUUUUGUUGUACGGACCACCUGGAUGUAGUAAAACAUUGAUGGCAAAAGCACUCGCAACUGAAGCUGGAUCUAAUUUCAUUGCAGUUAAGGGGCCCGAGUUGUUCAGCAAAUGGGUUGGUGAAUCGGAAAAGGCAGUGCAUGAAGUGUUCCGCAAAGCAAGAGCAGCAUCGCCCUCGAUUGUCUUCUUUGAUGAAAUUGAUGCGCUCACAGUAAAGAGAGGUUCAUCUGGCGAUGGCGGUACCUCGGUGGCUGACAGAGUCUUGUCACAGCUGCUGAAUGAAUUGGACGGUGUAGAGGCCUUGGUCAAUGUUACAGUGGUGGCAGCAACAAAUCGACCUGACAUCAUCGAUGAUGCUCUAUUACGUCCCGGCAGAAUUGAUCGCAUCUUGUACGUUGGACCGCCUAAUCUCGAAUCCAGAAAGGAGAUCUUUCGAAUUCAAUUAAAAAAGAUGACAGUUGAUCGAGAUAUUGAUAUUGACGAAAUAGCGGAGAAGAGCCAAGGAUGUUCGGGUGCAGAGGCAGUAGCUAUUUGCCAAGAAGCAGCUCUAUUUGCCAUGGAAGAGGACCUCCAUAUUGAUUCAGUCAAGAUGCGACAUUUCAGAAAAUCGUUGGCAACAUUCACAAGACGUAUUACACCAGAAAUGAUUCAAUUUUACAAAGACUUUCAAGAGAGGUCUGGAUUGCAGAGCAUUUGA